CCGAGAUCAGUUCUCAUCCAGCCUCAGAUCUUAGCACAUCAACAUCAUGCAGACCGUUCGAUUCGGAUCUCCUUGGAUUAUGGCCAUAGGGCUGGUGCUACUGGUGGCACUCGUCUCCGCCGGAAAGUCGCGUCAGCGUUCGCCAGCCAAUUGCCCCACCAUCAAGCUGAAGCGUCAGUGGGGCGGCAAGCCUUCGUUGGGACUCCACUACCAAGUGCGUCCCAUCCGCUACGUGGUCAUCCACCACACGGUCACCGGCGAGUGCAGCGGACUGCUCAAGUGCGCCGAGAUUCUCCAGAACAUGCAGGCGUAUCAUCAGAACGAGCUGGAUUACAACGAUAUUAGUUACAACUUUCUGAUCGGCAACGAUGGUGUCGUAUACGAGGGCACUGGUUGGGGAUUGCGCGGUGCCCACACCUAUGGAUACAAUGCCAUUGGCACGGGCAUAGCCUUUAUCGGCAACUUUGUGGAUAAACUCCCAUCGGAUGCGGCUCUCCAGGCGGCCAAAGAUCUGCUGGCCUGCGGAGUGCAGCAGGGGGAGCUGAGCGAGGAUUACGCCCUGAUCGCUGGCUCCCAGGUGAUCAGCACCCAGAGUCCCGGACUGACGCUAUACAACGAGAUCCAGGAGUGGCCGCACUGGCUCUCAAAUCCCUAAAUCAACUACAAGGAAUAGCAGUUGUCUGCCAGCGUGAGCACAUCAGUUUAGUAAAGUAAAUAAUCCAAUGUUGUUGAGUA